AUGUUAGUGUUGGCACAAUCUUGGAUCGAUAUUUCAAAAGAUGCAAAGAUUGGAAAAGACCAAAAGCAUGAUCGUUUUUUUAUUCGCAUUUUACAGAGGUUCCAUAAAGGAAUGAACCGUGGAGAACACCUUUCAAAACAUCAAGUGUACUCGAAAUGGGGGAAGAUGAACAAGGAAAUCAUGUUGUUUAAUGAUUUGUAUACUAACAUGAAACGUCAAUGGAAAAGUGGAGAAAACGAUGAUGUGAUUUUGAGGAAAACGCUGAAAGUGUAUGAGAAAGAAAACCUGAAAGCUUUCAAAUUUCUUGAAGUUUGGAAUUUUGUGAAAGAUAACAAGAAAUGGCAAAACGAAAAAACAUUAGACGAGCAUAUCGACAGUGGCUCAAAACGCAGCAGAACAACUGAGUCUGACCACACUACAUCAGAUACUCGUGUUCAAUUCGAUCUGAACAAAGAUGAAGUUGUUCCAGUUUCACCACCUUCCCAAUCAAUGGAAAGAGACAAAGCAAAAAAGCAAAGGCAAAUGCAAAGCGUCGGAUUAAGAUGA